AUGUCCUCCUCGUCUUCUUCUCCCUCCUCCGCGACGCCGAAACCCAACGAACCUCAACAACCCGAAAACAACGAAAACAACAACCCAUCAUCAUCAUCGUCGUCGACAUCAAGACUCGCCCUCCCAGAAGUUCCCCCGGCAGGCAGCGCCCAAACACUCGACGUUGGCGGUCAAGGCAGCACCGUGUCGCUCGACCACCUGGGCCCCAUUGUCGUCAACACAGACGGCUCGAUGAGUCGUAUUUCGAAUUGGGAGCAGAUGACGGAGAUGGAGCAGAAGACUACGCUGCGGAUUGUCGGGAAGCGGAAUCAACAGAGGUUGCAGGCGUUGAGGGCAGCUGGUGUUGAGGGGUCUACAUGA